GCUGCCAGUCGGCAAAUCUUCUCUAUGCACGAAUGUGUGCACGUCGAAUGUAAACGCGUUUGUCGACUACCUAGGGCAUAACCUUAAUCGCAAAUGAAAUGUUCAAAAUCUAGAAGAGAUGUUGAAACAUACCACCUUCGUUUCUCCUUCUCUCUCUCUAGCUCUCACUCUCUCUCCCUCAUUCUCUACGUUUCGUUUCUUUUUUCCCUGUAGCUUUUCCGUUCCGUUGCCACAACGAUGUCAUACUUCACGAUAACUUACAUACACAAUUGUCCUUGCACUCUCCCAUACAUAUAAGUUUUUAAUUAACAUCGGACAAUUCGAACGUUUCCCCGAUAAUAAGAUUGCGUUCGAGUGGACUCGAAUUUCUUGUUUCUUGGCCCGAUUGCCGUUUUCGAUGAUCGAUAGUACUGGUUUUCCAAUAAAUAUUUUCAACUUUAACAUGAGUCAGAUUUACCGUUUGCCCCAUAUUUAAAGGAUGUCCAUGGACACGUGUUGACUAUUGCAUUUCAUAUGUGUAUUUCGUUUCGGGGAUAUUGCUUCUGGAUCACAUGCAAUAUUCUGAUGCAUCAUUACCAAAGUAUAUCUUUGUAAUUAAGGCAGGAUCACUUUUAUUGUUAUGCUAUUGUUGUAAAAAGGUCGUCGAUAUGGGAGCUGUUGUGGAUGUCAUUACGGCCCUGGAAAAGACGGCGAUCACUAAGGAAUUGCUUGAGAUCACACGACUUGGAAAACACAUUAAUGAACUACGACGAAAAACAAAUAAUGAUGCCUUGGCUAAACGUGCAAAGGAUUUGGUACGCCGCUGGCGAGACAUGGUUCUACCCUCUGCCCACUCUACUCCACAACCUACACCAGCUGAUACAGCACCACCUGCUCUCAAUGGUGCAAAGCCACAUAGUCCUGCACUAAGAUGUUUUAAACCACAAAGUCCAGCAUUAAGGGGUCUGAAACCUCAGAGUCCAUUGUUGAGGGAUACAACACCUCUUAGAGUGCUUAGUCCAGCUCUAUCUGUGCAUAGUGAACAUUCACAUUCUCCUAAAGCAUCGUCAAACAAGCAGUCAAUUACAGUGACCAGCAACCACAAAACAAGUUCCGAUGUGACUUCUAUGCUUGGUUCCUCGAGUCAAAAUCACACAACGGAAGCAGUGCCACGAACUCACAGUUCAAAUAAACGUCUUCGAAAAGAGGAUCUGAACGACAAACAUAAUUGUCAGCAUCAUGAUUCAGACUCAGUUACUGAAAGUGAACCUUUUAAAAAGCAACGUCUCAAUGGCGAAAAUAUAAGUGGUAAUUUAAACUUGCAAGUGCCUAGCCCCACAUUUAAAGAACGAAUCUCUGAUCAUUUUGUGGAGUCUUCCACUGAUGCUGACGAUUCAGGUCCAAAGAAGCGUGGUAGAAAGAAAGGCAGUAAGUCUGUGAAGAAGCAGCCGAUAUUAGAAGACCGUGUAAAAGAAAAACUAGCUAGUAUCUCAAGAAAUCCUAAAUUAAAAACAACUCAAGAACUGCUGGCUGACCUGCGGGCACGCGGCACCAAUUCUAGCGUUAAUUCAAGUGCUCUACCUAGUCAAAAUGAAGAAUCGCCCAGCAUGGAAGAUAUUUUGAGAGGCAGCAAUGAACAAGUAUCAAAGUUCCUUCGUUGUACUCAGAACAAUUCGUCACAUAGAAAUACAGUUUCUGAAACCUUGCCAGAGAGUAGGUUAAAACCUACAGAGAAUUGUCACGAUGUAUCGUCUAAGUGUCAAGAAUCGGGUGUAGUGUAUAAAGACAAGUCAGUUACAAGUUGUCAAAAAACACAAUCAGAACAAUCUCAUGAACUAACAGUUGAAGAAAUACUAGCAAAGUUACCCCCUAUAGAUCCAAGUGCAAUCGACUGGGGUGAAAGUGAAACAGAAUUGACCGAUGAUAAGAACAGUACUGAAUACCCACCUAGGCAAAUUACAGAAGAUGAUAUAAAAAGGUUACACGCAGAAUGUGUAGAAGGACUAAAUGGAAACUUCCAACCAAAACUAUCAUCUUUAACUUCUUCUACUUGUAAUGACAGUCAAGAAGUAACGGAGUCAGAAAUCAAUGGUGUAAAGAAUGUGUAUAGCCGACCUGAUGAAGAAUUUCGAGAAUGGCAUCAGAUGCUAACAAGGCCCUCCUCUGAUGGCCAACUCCUUCACAUAUUGCCUUAUGUUAUUAUUGAUUAGUAAUUUUAUUAUCCUAUUCUAUUAUUAUUCCCAAACUUGUGAAGAACCCCUGAAAAUAUUAAAAGAGAUUGAUCGUUGAUCACUCUAUUAAACCAAUUUUGUAUUGCAAUUUA